AUGGUGUGCAUGAAUGUCCUGGCUGAUGUUCUCAAGAGCCUCAACAAUGUCGAAAAGAGAGGCAAAUGCCAGGUGCUUAUUAGGCCGUGCUCCAAAGUCAUCGUCCAGUUUCUCACUAUGAUGAUGAAGCAUGGUUACAUUGGCAAAUUUGAAAUCAUUGAUAAUCACAGAGCUGGGAAAAUUGUGAACCUCACAGGCAGGCUAAACAAGUGUGGCAUGAUCAGCCCCAGAUUUGAUGUGCAACUCAAAGAUCUAGAAAAAUGGCAGAAUAAUCUGCUUCUGUCCCGCCAGUUUGGUUUCAUUGUACUGACAACCUCAGCAGGCAACAUGGACCAUGAAGAAGCAAGACAAAAACACACAGGAGGGAAAAUCCUGGAUUCUUUUUCUAGGGAUGUAAUACAUAUAUUUACAAGUAAAAUGCCUCACGGACAAAAAAUAAAGACAUGGAAGAGGUCAGCCAUGAAUAUUGCCAGGACAGAUUAG